AAAAAGAUGAAAAAGGAAUCUUUAACUUAAUUGAAUGGAAUAUCCCGAGUCCUGGCCCUAUCCAUUUUACCUACUCGGCACCCACUACCCACUAGGAAUCUGGAAUCCUCAUCCAAAAGCAGGCUCAUAUCUGGGAAUCUUUAUCGAACCGAAUCCGUGAAGAUCAAGAUGUCUGGAACGCAGUGCUGUGAGAAUCCGCCCACUUUGAACCCAAGCAGUGGAACUGGGUCUGUGGCGGAGCUGGGUGGCCUCAAGUCCUAUAUCACCGGCUCUUCCAACUCCAAUCUCGCUAUCAUCCUCGUCUCCGACAUUUAUGGUUUUGAAGCUCCAAAUCUCAGGGCAAUAGCUGAAAAAGUUGCAGCUAGUGGAUAUUAUGUUGUGAUUCCUGAUUUCUUUUACGGCGAUCCAUAUGUUCCUGACAGCAAGCCAUUGGGAGUCUGGAUUCAAUCACAUGGAACAGAAAAGGGAUUUGAAGAUACAAAAUCUGUUAUUGCGGCCCUAAAAUGUAAAGGAAUUUCUUCAACAGGAGCUGCAGGAUACUGCUGGGGUGCUAAGGUGGUUGUGCAAUUGGCAGCGUCUGAUUUUAUUCAAGCUGCGGUUCUAUCACACCCAUCAUUUGUUACUGUGGAUGAUAUCAGGCAGGUAAAGACGCCUAUUGCUAUUUUGGGAGCAGAAAAUGACUCUAUGUCACCCCCUGAGCUUGUUAAACAAUUUGGAGAGAUUCUUUCAUCCAAACCUGAGACAGGUGGAUUCCUUUGUGAAAAUCUUUCCGGGGGUUGCACAUGGGUGGACAGUGAGGUACAAUGUCGAGGAUGAGAAAGCAGUGCAGAGUGCUGAAGAAGCUCGUCAAGACAUGUUGAACUGGUUUACCAAGCACAUCAAGUGAAUGAAUCCUCAUCAGACUCGUAUGGACAUUAUUGUAGAAGAGAAUCUGAAUAAACCACAUGCUGUUUCUGUGCUCAGAACCAUGUCUUGCCAUGUAUGUCAUCGUGUAGUUGUUAGCACAAUCAAGUAUUUCGAACAAUGUAUGGCGUGUGUGGUUUUGCAUUAUAUAUCGAAGUUGCUUAGAUGCUGUUAUGGAGCAGCAGUUUCUGUUGCCUCGUUACUUUCAAGAAGUGCAGCCAUUAGGUGUUGCAGGAAGGAAUAACAAUGCGGUGAGAUAUUUGGUAGUUGGUACUUGCAUGUAGUUUUUGCUUUAGAAAUUUCAGCAAAAAUGGGUAACAAUGGAGUCAUGUUUGGUACAUCGCUAGUGUUUGAAUAUUUUUUUGGGGUAAAACAGUAUAAAAGAUGAAAACGAGUUUUAAACACCCUCUUCCAGUCAUCUUUAUCCCAUGAUCCUG